UUUUCCCGCGUUCUCUUCGCCCUGGCUGGUGAAACAGUUGGGCUUGCCGCGUCGCUUGGUCUCCGUGGCAACCCCGGGCCGCGUUCUAUUUCCGUGGCAACACGGGGCACUCGGCGUCCCCGUUGCUGCAGCAACUGCAGCUAGGCCCCUACCGCGCGCUGCCCUCUUCAGUUCUAGAAGGCAGGCAGAUCCGGAGCUGGGGAGAGAGCCACUGAUGCUCCAGGCCUGAAAUUGCCUUCCCUCACGAACGUCGCUCCUGGGCUCCAUAGACACACAUACACGCUUCUCAGUGCAAGCACUGAGAAGAGCUGCCCGGCUAACGCUGGAUCUGCCUCGCUGGUUCUUGCUCCGGGUUUUGAGUGAUGAGCAAGGGAAGUGAGGAAAAACCAAAGCUAAGGCUGGAAGCUGCAAUCCAGAAACUAGAGGAUACAGUACUGCAUCCCAGAGCAAGCAGAGACGACAAAACAUUGACUGUACGAGGCGAAGGAGAGAGAGCUGCACCCACAACUGUCCCAGCUAGGAUUCGACAGAUCAUCACACAGAGCUUGUCUGAACCAUCAUCCCAAGGUUUGUUGGAAACUGCCUCUCCAGUCAAUAUGCAAGAGGAAAACCGCCUACUGCAGAAGGAGCUUUCACGUCUUGAGGACCUAUUGGCACACACCCGUGCAGAGAGGGAUGAGCUGGCUAGCAAAUACCAUGCCACCAGUGAAAGACUGGAGCAAGCACUGCAAGGAGAGGAGAAAGGAAGCACUAUGUUCCUGCAGAUGAGGCAGCACUUCAAAGAGGACGAGAAGGCCUACAAGCGCAAGCUGCAAGCCUACCAAGACGGGCAGCAGCGCCAGGCUCAGCUAGUACAGAAGAUACAGAACAAGAUGCUACAGUACAAGAAAAGAUGUGGGGAACUGGAGCAGCAGCUGCUGGAGAAAACCUCCGAGUGCGAGCAUCAGAAACAGAUGCUCCAGACCAGAUUGGACUCAACAGAGUUGCGCUUACGCCGCUUUGAGCAUGACCACAGUACAGAACUGGAGAGUACCCUCAUUCAACUGGAAGAGGAGCAGCAAAGAAGCACCAGCCUUUCCCAGAUGAAUGCUCUGCUUCGGGAACAGCUGGACCAGAUGAAAUCUUCAAAACAGAGACUAGCAGGAGAGCUAGAGAGGGCAGCUACUGAUGUGCACAGACUGAGGAGUGAGCUGGAACAGAAGGAGUCUCAGUGGCACAAAGGCAGGGAGAGCUACGGUUCAUAUUUAAGCAAUGAGCACAGUGGGAUCCUCCUGCUAUGGCGUCAAGCAGCCACACUCCGUGGCAACUUUGCAGAGCUCCGCACAACAGUGGAGAGAGGUCUUGCUGAGGCAGGAACGGACAUGGCAAGAACUGCCCGCCGUCUCCAGACUGCCUGUCUCAAUUUGGAUUCCAACCUGCGUCUGUCUGAGAGCAGUUCUGCCUGUUUGCUGGAGAAGCAGCUUCGGGAGAAGGUCCGGGAGAUGAUCCAGCUACAGAGCCGCUGGGAUGGAGAAAAAGCUGAACUAAACUCCAGGAUUACGGAGCUGACUGCUUUAGGAGAUAAACUUAAAGAACAGAACACAAAGAAAGAGAAGACCAUCUCCAUCCUAAAAAUGGACAUUCAGAAAUUGGAGGCCAGUAAGACUGGAGAUGUAGAGGAGGUGAAGGACCUGAAAGAGGAGAUUGAAUCAUUGCAACAUUGCUUGAAUACCAUCAAAGAGUUGGCACUGGCUGAACCCAGGAACGCAGGGCUCAUCUCCUUUGAAAGGGCCAAAGCGACAUCAGAGGCAGACACCAUAUGGCAGACCUCCCCUCUGCGCUCCAGCUCUCCCCACCACCAGCGAAUAUCGCCAUCUCGGAUGCAUCCUCCAUUAUGUCAGAAUGAGGCACUGCAAGCUGUGCAGGCUGCUGUUCAGAAAUCACAGCAGCAUGAGCAGGAGUUGCAUGUGCAACUGGAGUCUUGCCGGGACGCCCUGGGCUCUGUCAGGAAGCAACUUUCUGACUGCCAGCAGGAAACACAGACCGCAAAACAACGGCUGCAGGAACAGAGGCAGGAACGUGAAGAGCUGACAGGGACGCUGGAGGAUUGCAGGCAGGAACUGCAGCGCUGGAAAGCCUCCGUGGAGAUUCUAGGAAGAGAAAAGGAGGCCUUGGAGGUGGAAGUGGAAAGCCUGACCCAGCGGCUUGACUCCUCCUAUCUGGAAGUGGAGCGGAUGAAGUCUGUGAAUGGAGAGCUACAGAGGCAGCGGAAACUCCUGGAGGAGCAGAAGGAAGAUGUGGUUAAAGAAAGGGAGAGGACGAGAAAGGAGCUGGAGCGGGGGCAAAGGUCCCUGGAGCAGCUUGAGGAAAGGAUGUCAGCCCUGAAGAAAGAGCUGGUGACUGUCAAGGAGUCUUUGAACCAGGCCAUGCUGGAGAAGGAUGUGCUUGAGAGUGCUCAGGAAGGCUUGAGCAGUGCACUUUCCAAAGUUGAAGCAACCAAUGCUGAGCUUGAGCUCUCCAUCCGCAAGAUGAAAUCGGAGGAUGCUGAGCUGAGAGACUCGCUAGCCAAGAUGGGAGCUCUGAAUGAAGGGCUGGCUCAUGACAAAGUCAACCUCAACCGCAUCCUCCUGCAGCUUGAAGAGGAGAAGAGCAGGCUGCUAAGCAGGAAGCGGGAGCUGGAGCAAGAGCAAGCUGGCUGGCGAGAAUGGCGGGCACACUUGGAGCAGGAGCUGAUGCGCACAAAGGCAGAGACGCACAGGCUGGAGCAGCGCUGCCAGGCCUCUGAAGAGAAGCAGGAGAGGCUGGAAGAGGACAUGGCCUUGCUGCGCAGGGAGAGAGUCCAACUGCAGGACCAAAUAAUGCAGUUGAACAGCCAAAAGCAAACUCUAGGUGAGAAGCUGGCCCAGAGCCAUCGAGAGGUGGAGAUGCAAGCAGACUCCUUGCUUCGCACCCUACAGGAGAAGGAAGAGAUGGCUAAGGAAAAGGCACAGCUGUCUGUGGAGCUGACUGCACUGGAGAGACACAGGAAGUUGCUCAUGGAAGAGACAGACACUCUCAGAGUGGAGAAGGAAUCCCUGGAAACGAACCUUUUCGAGGCACAAGAGCAGGCAGCACAACUGGAGGCCCGCAAGGAACAACUAGAGGGAGAGAAUCAAGGCAUUGAUUUUGCCAGACAAUCUCUCCAAGUGGAGUUGGAGAAAGCUCGGCAUGAACUUGAACUUCAGGAAACUACACUGAGGAGAGAAAUAGAGAUGUUGAAGCACCAGCUGACUCAGGUAGAGCAAGAGUGUCAACUGGCUAUAAAGAACCAGAAGCUGGGUUUUAAAGAGGACCUUGGACGCCUCAGAAAGGAAAAAGAGACCCUGCGCCUGGCCCUGACUGAGGAGAAGGAUGAGGCUACGCAUCAUCUUCAGCAAGAGAAGGAAGAACUGGUGUCCAAAAAUGAAGCUGAGAAGAGAGAACUCAUGGAGGAGAUCCUCACUUUGCAGCAGAGCCUGGAUGAAAACCUCAUCCUGCUAGAGAAUGAAAAGCAGAAGGCUCUGUCCCAGAAGGAAGCGGAGAAGAAUCUUCUUUUGGAGAAGCUUAAUGAGUCACAGCGGGAACUCACAGUUGCCAGGUCAGAGACUGACCGAGUGAAACUGGAAGCUCUGAGCCGCCAGGAGCAAGAUAAGAACACAGUUGCCAGCAUCACUGGUGAGCUACGGACCUUGCAGGCACAGUUUGAGGAUGCAAUAGCUGCCCACCAGAAAGAAGCCAAGCGCUUGAAUGAACACAUAAAGGAGCUGGCAAGAGAAAAGGAGCUUGCGGAGAGGGAGGCAGAACAGCUAAAGGCACAACUGCGGCUGGCAGAGGAUACCCACGCAGGAGUUCGCAAAGAGCUGGUUGAGCUUCACCACAGGCUUCAGGAGACUGAAGAGGCCCGUGAUCACCUACAGAAGGAGCUGCUGGAAAACCGUAGGGCUGCGGCAGACGAAAGAAGGGAAAAGGAAGCACUACAGAAAUCCAACACAGAUCUCAGAGCAGCCAUCAGGAAAGCAGAGAAUGAGAGGCUCAGCCUGCAGAGAUUCAAAGAGGAGAAGGAGCAGAAGAUUGCAGUCCUGGAAGAAGCAAAAACAGCACUUGAGAGAGAGAUGGGAGAGCUCCGAACAAACCUACGGGAAGUGGAAAGGUCUCGCAUGGAAGCCCGAAGGGAGCUACAGGAGCUGCGGAGACAGGUGAAGGCCCUGGAGAGUGAGAACAGUAAGAGCGCCCAAGAAGUCCGCGAACUGCAGCAUCAGUUGCAGCAAGAAGAGCAGCAAGAAGAGCAGCGUGGCAAAGAGGCCCUAGAACUGCAGCAGAGGAUCUCCGGGUUGGAGACUGGCAGAGAGGCUGCUCAAAAGGAGGCGUUGAGCUUGCAGAAGAAGCUGUCUGCCAUGGAAGCAGAAGCCCGGCUUCGGGAGCAGGAUCUCACACAGAGCCUUGCGGAGAGCCGCGGCAAGGAGAAGAAACUGAAGGAUGAUCUCCAUAACCUGGAGAUGAAGCUGCAGGAGGCCCAUAGGGCAGGCGAGAGCCUCCAGCUGCGCCUCAGCGCCUGUGAAGGCCGUGCACAUGGCUUGGAAAUAGAGCUAGCCAAAGCCGAGGCCGCCAAGAGGGAGGUUGAGUUGAAGCUGGUGGCAUUGCAUUCUGCUCUGCGCCGUACUCUUGGGCUUGGCAGCCGGAGUCCAUCGCCACAAAGAUCCUGCUCCCCCACCAAAGGAACCAGUGGCCGACAAACACCUGCCUCCCGCACUGGGUCUCCUGAGAGGAGCCGCUCUCGUUCCCCAUUUAACCACCCUUCUCCUCUCAGAGGCGAGCAAGCCACAAGUGAAAUUGACCCAGAAGUAGUCCGAGAUGCUUUGAGGGACUUCCUUCAGGAGCUGCGAGACACUCAGAGAGAGAGGGAUGACUUGAGGAUUCAGGUGAUGAAUAUGAGCCGGCAGCUGAAUGACAUGGAGUCUGACCUUGACCGGACAAAGAGUCGAAUCCUGCAGCUUCAGAAGUUCUUAGCAGAUUGCGAGGAAGGCAAACGGGGUACAGAUGGGCGCCUGAGCAGUGCACAGGCAGCAUUAAUGCUGCAAGAGGAGACAAUUCGGAAAGCAGAGAGGGAACGGCAGGCAUUCGCAGAACAAGUAGCCACUCUGGAGCGCAACUUGCAUGUUUGUCAGGAAAAGAACAGAGAGCUGCAGGAGAAAAUCAGUAAACUGAAAACCAGGGAGGCCAAGCUUGAGACAGAGAAGUGGAAGCUGAAGGAAAUCCUGGAGGCAGCAGAGAGCAGGGCCACCAAGCUGGAGAUGAGUGGCAGGGCUGUGGAAGGAGAGCUACAGCGUGCCCAGCUCAGCCUGACUGAACGGGAUGCAGAGAUCCAGACUUUGCAGAAGCAGAUCGAAGUGCUUCACUGCCAGCUGGGAGACAAGGAGGGCCAAUCUGCACUUUUGCAGCAGGAGCUAGACCACCUGACCCACUCUCUGGCCAGGACAGAGGGCACUGAAAGCCACCUGAAAGACCGGGUGCAGAGCCUGUCCCAAGCACUGUCUGAUGCUACUGCCGGCUCCUCCUCCCUCCAGGAGAACAUCUCACAGCUACAGAAGGCCCUGACAGCAGCUGAGCAGGACCGUCGGCUGCUCCAGGAUCGCUUGGACUCCAUGCGGCAGACAUUGUCAGACAGCAAAAGGCAGAACCACAGCUUGACGGACACAGUCCAUUUGCUGCAGGAUCAACUGAGUGAGAUGGAGCUGCGAUGUAGAAAUCUGGAAGGGCAAAUUGAACAUUACCAAGAGGCAGAGCAUGAGAACCUAAGGAAGGAAGAUGAUACCUUUAGGCUGAGUCAGAUGAGGGGGCAACUGGAUCGCUCCCUGAGCAGCUUGCAGCAGGAAAUGGAAGAAACCCUGAGGCAAAAUGAACACCUGAAGACCCAGAUAACAGAGCUGGAACGGAUGCACGCCCAGAGACUGAUGGAGCUCACAUCCCGACAUCAGCUAGACAUGGAGCUGGAGACAGAGAGGCUGCACAGCACUCAGCUCCAAGCGGAACGUUCCCUGGAGUCCAGGGAGCGAACCCACCAGCAGAGGGUGAAGGGCUUGGAGGAGCAGGUGAGCACUCUGAAAGAGCAGCUGAAUCAAGAAAUGAGAAGAAGACAAGCCUACAUGAGCCAGAUGCUUCACACAGUAAAAUGAUUCCAAGACAGCCAUUGUGCUCUGGUACGCUUUCACCAGGAUCCCUGCUGCUCAGGCACUAGACUUCUACAUGUCCUUCAUUAGGGCACUCAACUGAAUCAUGGUCAAAGAAACCAGAGCUCCUGGUCUCAUGGUGCUAGCAAGCAAUGUUUUGUUUUUCCUGAGUAGCACACACACUCUGUACACUUGGAAGGAGCAAUCAAGACAGCAAAUGACUAAGCAGCAUGCAGCCAAGAGGAAACCCUGCUGUGGGGGCAGCUGUUCUCUUUAAGAUGCUUGAAACCCAGGGCACUGAUGCUUAACUAAUUAAUUUAGGACAUUUGACAAGGAGGGGAUUCUCUGUUUGGGUUUCUGGGUCGUGUAUCCCUGCAUGAUCUUUGUGGGGUUUUGCAUGGCAACUGUACAAAUUGUAACAUUCCCAUGGAGCACAAAGGGAAAAUUUAAAUACCUCUGCAUUUCCAUCACUCAGAUUAUUUAUACCUCAGGGUUUGAAGAGCUGCUGUCAAGAAUUCUCUGGUGCAUCAUGCAAAAUAUCACGCAACAUCAUAAUCUUACCCAUGUACUUAGUGGCCACUCAGCCAGUGUCUCGCCAAUUCAUGCAUCACAAAGGAGUAAGCCUCUUUGAAAACAGAGGAGGCAGGUAUUUCCACGAGCAUCUAAAUUACAUUGUGCACUAUUAACAGAAGCUAAGAAGUACAGUGUGACCACACCCGGGGAUUGAUCAAAUCCCUUGCUGUGGCUAUGAACCUCAAGCCAUUUUCAUGGUGGCAGGUGGCUGAGAUUAGCUCAAAGCCAAGUCAUCUUAUGACUUGCUGGCCUCAAGACAUGUCAGAGUGUUAACAUUCAACAUUCCACCCACUCUGCCGGCUAACAGGCUCCAAGGAAAUCCCUUUAGGAAUCAAACUUUGGUUUCCUUGGUGACCACAGGGAACCAUCUCGGAGUUGCUGUGAACAUCACCUGUUAGCAUUGUUCCACAUUUUUUCCUUGUGAAUGUUUGUUUUUCUAAAGUGUACCACAAACGAUUAAAAUAAAUAACAUUUCCUAAAGGAAUCGAGAAGAGCAGUUUCCACUGUUUUUCAUAUAUAAA